CACGCCUUUAAUCCUAGCAUUCCAGAGGCAGAAAUCCAUCUGUUCAAGGAUACAGCCAAGCAUGGUGACUCAUGCCUUUAAUCCCAGAAAGCGAGCCUUUAAUCCCAGGGAGUGAUGAUAGAAAGCAGAAAGGUAUAUAAGGCGUGAGGACCAGAAACUAGAAGCAUUUGGCUGGUUAAGCUUUUAGGUUUUGAGCAGCACAGUUCAGCUGAGAGCCAUUCGGAUAUGAGGACACAGAGGCUUCCAGUCUGAGGAAACAAGAUCAGCUGAGAAGUUGGCCAGGUGAGGUUAGCUGUGGCUUGUUCUGUCUCUCUGACCUUCCAGUGUUCACCCCAAUAACUGGCCUCCAGGUUUGAUUUUAUUAAUAAGACCUUCUAAGAUUCCUGCUACACCCCAGAGUGCUGUAAGGCCAAGAGCUGGAGAGACAGAGACAGGAAGAUUCCUAGGGCUUGCUGGCUCCAUGAGCUUUAGAUUCAGUGACUCUGCCUCGCAAAAUAAGAUGGGGAAUGUGGUGUUUUGAAUAAAAAUGGCCCCCACAGAUCAAUAGGGAGUGGCACUAUUAGGAGGAAUGGCUUUGUUGGAGGAAGUGAGUCAUUAGACUUUGAGGUCUCAGAAGCUCAAGCCAGGCCUACUGGCUCACAGUCUCUUCCUGCUGCCUGUGGAUCCAGAUAUAGAACUCUCAGCUCCUUCUCUAGCACCUAUGUGCCACCAUGUUGUACCAUGACAAUAAUAAACUGAACCUCUGAACUGUAAGCCAGCCCCAAUUAAAUGUUUUCCUUUAUAAGAGUUACCGUGGUCAUGGUGUCUCUUAGCAAUGAUACCCUAGCUAAGACAGAGAGUGACUGAGGAAGACACCAGAUGUUGAUCCCUGGCCUCCCACAACCACAUGCACACUCAUGCACAUACACAUACACAUAUGCACAGGUGCACUCAUACUAACAAGUACAUACACAACACACCACACACAGAGGCACAGAAACAGAUGCAAAGCCAAAAAUGGACAAAAUAAGUGUCCUUCUAAGAACAGUCCUUGUUUCUCUACUUGGUUUUUUCUGAAGUUUCAGAGAGUAAAUUAGAUCCUGCUCCACUGUGCAGAAAGGUCAGCUGGCCUGUAGGUAUUACCCCACUCUCUGAAAAACAUAAUGUAAGCAUGAUCAUUCCUGAGGCACAUACAUAAAAAGCACCUAACAGCUGAUUUCUCCACCACUUAAUAAAUACCCCUCCACUCCACUGUCCUGCCACACAUCAAAAAGCUUACAAGAAGUUGAGUCCUAUUCUGGUGCACAUGCCUCGUGUUCCUCCCUGUUUGCUUCUCUUUGACAGUUAAGCCAAAUAUUUCCCAUGAAUUGGAGAAACCACUUCUGUUUUGAAACCUCCUUCAUCCAAAGGUUUGACUCUAGACUUCAGGCACUGUCAGGAUCCCUGGCGGUUCACUGUCAAGACAGUCACUGAAAGCAUUCCAAAUCAGGGCUGAGGCAGAGGGUAGCUCCACUUCAAGAGUGGGCUUGCAAUGCUCGCUGCCCCAGGGAAGUGUUCUGUACAAUAAUUUACAGCAACUGUGGGUCGGGGGGAAAAUGACUUUAGAGGCUGGGAACCCAGUGGGCAAACCUUUGAGAUCUGAUUGUGAGAUGAGACCACAGAUAAUCCAAACGACGAAAAUAUAGGUACUUUCCCUAAUGCGAUAUGAGUAAUGCCAAAUACAAUAACGAACAGAAAGGCAAGUAUGAAGCAGCAUGGAUAAAAUGAGAACCAGGGAUGCUGGCUGUGCCAUGACCCACAGCUGUGCUCCCAGGCCUCCGUUUUUAGGUCCCCGUUCUUUUAUUCUUCAAGCUCAAGUUUCGAGCAACGAUCACAGGGCCAACUGGUCUUUCACCCUUCCUGAGCUGAGUGGUCUCUUUUAUGUGAGCCAGGGUCAGCUCCAGCUGGUAAGCACACCCUAGAGCCGCUGUAGAGCAGCUGCGAGAGGAACACAGCAAUGUCAGUUAGGAGACAGCCCAUAGAGGAGCACAACCCUGACUGUGGAAGACUGCCACCCAUGCUGAGGGGUGCAGCAAAGCCCUAGAGGACUUGGGAGGAGUGCAGCUACAUAAGGGAGGAGUUAAAUGUUUUACAGAAGCAGCACAACACAGUUGACAAGCCAGAUAUUCCUAGGCAGGAGCUCAACCCCAUUGUUACAGCCCCUUGAACUGAGGCCCCGCCUUACUGCCGGCCGAUUGGCCUAGCCAGCACCACCUUGAGUCACUAACCUCCCUGGAGCGGCCUGGCCACGCCCACCUGUUGUGUCGCCCAGCACACUUUAGUGUCAGGAUUGUUGCGUCUGUUCACUUAGCUCAAAAGCUGCUCUCUGACUACCUGGCGCUCAGUUUUCCCUUCAUUCUUGUAACAUGACGGCGCCGCCUUUCGCGCCGGACGCAAAGCCUCCCCGCCGCAGGAGGAAGACCUACACUUUCUGGUGGUGCUUCCUGGGCAUUUGCGCAGAGGCCCUUCUGUUCCUGCUGUCUACUUUAUCUGAUGCCUGUGAACUACCACCACCAUUUGAAGCUAUGGAACCCAAGGAAGAAACUAAACCAUAUUAUGAGGUUGGAGAGACAAUAGAAUAUAAGUGUAAAAGAGGAUACAUAUUUCUGUAUCCAUUCAUCAUGGUUGCUACCUGUGAACCAAAUCAUACAUGGUUCCCUAUUUCAGAUCAUGGUUGUGCUAAAAUAGAAUGUCCUACAUUAGCAGAACCUGAAUUUGGCAAAGUACACCUCCUAGAUGGCAGAAUUUCAUGGGGUGGUCGAGCUCAAUUUACAUGUAUGGAUGGUUAUUACGUAGUUGGCAUGUCAGUUCUACACUGUGUGCUUAAAGGUGAUGAUGCAUAUUGGAAUGGUCCUCCCCCACAUUGUGAAAAAGUUUAUUGUUUACCACCUCCAAAAAUAAAAAAUGGAACACACACCUUUACUGAUAUAGAAGUAUUCAAAUACCGUGAAGCAGUAAUUUACAGUUGUGAUCCUAAGCCGGGACCAGAUAAGUUUUCCCUUAUUGGAAUGAGUAUGCUCUUCUGUUCUGGUCAUAACACCUGGAGUAGCAAGCCUCCAGAAUGUAAAGUGGUAAUAUGUCCAUUUCCAGUACUACAAAAUGGAAGAAUGACACCAGGAAUUGAAAAAAAAUUUUCUUACCGAGAAACAGUGACGUUUGAGUGCAUGGAGGGUUUUUACAUGAACGGCAGUGAUACAGUGGUCUGCGAUGCUAACAGCACUUGGGAGCCUCCAAUCCCAAGGUGCCUUAGAGGUCCUAAGCCUACUCAUCCCACCAAGCCUCCGGUUUACAAUUACCCAGGAUAUCCUAAUCCCCGUGAAGGAAUAUUUGCCCAAGAAUUAGAUGCAUGGAUUAUUGCUCUGAUUGCUAUUACUUCAAUUGUUGGCAUUAUUGUAAUUUGUCUCAUCAUACUCAGAUAUCUUGAGUACAGGAAGAAAGGGAAAACCGGGGUUAAAGCUAAGUCUACCACUUCCCUGAAAAGGUCAACCUCACAAACAGAGAAAACUGCAUCAUUGCCACAAAUCUCAAAAAGCAACGUAUCUGUUGCCUCUAAUCUAGCUGUAUCUGAAGCAAACUGAGAAGUCCCAUGUGUGGAAGUCAUUACUGUUCCAUUUUUGAAAACUGGCUCUUCAAGUCUGGCAAAAGUAAAAUUAUAUAUUUGCAGGAGCUUCA